CCGGAAAGUUGUAUGCUACCAGUGGAAUAGUCAUUGAAAAAGAAAUUGAUGUAGGCGACGCCACAGAUACUGCCAUUCCAUGCAUUACCUCUUAAACAUAUAUUCACUCUUAUAAUAUACCAUAAAAACAUGUUUAAACAUCAUAUUGAUAUUAGUUUUGAACAUUUUAAAAUUGUAUUUGCUUUUUUUAGUUACAUAUAUUUUAAUUAAUUGAUGUAUUUAAAACACAGUGAGGCCAAGACUGUUCAAAAAUGCGAUUCAUAGAGAUUUCUUGAAAUAACGAACAUACAAUUGCGUGUACUGGUAACCGUGGUUGUACGGCAACGACUUAAAAAAAAAAAAUAGAUUGGAACAAUCAUCAGCCAAAAAUUGUCGUAACAUAAAAUCUUUAGUUUAAAUUAAAUAAUUUUUGAAACAAUUAUAUAUUUUUAAAAUCCAUCUUAAAAUUAAUUUCCCCCAUCACUUAUGACGGAUUAUUAUUGCUAGUGUCAUUCUAAUUUUUUACCCAUGAAUAAGAGGAAAUAAUAACUUACGAUAGAGCGGAAAUCGGGUCUGUCUUAACAUAAUUAUUUGGCUGACAUAGAUACAUUUUUAAAAAUAGUUUGAUGUCUCUCCUACGUUAAUUACUGUUAGCUAACUGUGGUUAUAUCUGCGAUGUUGCUUCGUAAAUCUGUAAGAGAUGUACCUAAUAUUAUUAUUGGUGGGUAGCGCUAGUACAUCCAUUUACUUUAUACAAACUCUCCGAAUUCAUGGUGUUAUAUUCUCAUCUGUUUAAGAUAUAUUUUCUGAAGCCAUUAAAUUUUAAUCACUCUCAACCGAAAAUGCAUCGUUAAUUUCUGAGCACAUAAGUAACAAUAGAAUUGAGGCGGCACUUGGGUGUCACGGUAAAGAAUGAGAGCGUCUAACAUUGAAUACAACUGGGACAACCAUCACGCCCUUAGCUAAAGUGGGCAUUCGCCUUUUGGUUUGCAGGCAGGCAUCUGGCAGAGCUACGCCAGGUACACGAAGGCGUCUGCGUCAGCCAGCAUCUACCAGACUGGAGUCACCGGGAACGGACAGAUUGGAGCCGGAGGCGCGAGAUCUUACCUCCAGCUGACCAUCCCGUCGUCUGCUGGGCCUGUUGGGCAUUUCCGUUGCACUGCCACGGGGACAAGCAGUUCUGGGGUAAGUGCAACGGAUGAACAACACGAACCUAAUUAAGUACUAUGCCAACACACCCCUCCCUUGAUUAAGAAAAGUUUUUUUUUUUUUUACGUUUGAAUGCGUUCUAUUUCUUCUAAAAACUGCUAUCAGGUGACGCAAAUUCUGUAAUUUCUUUCUGGAGGGUUCUAGCUUACACCCUAUCUAUAAGCUGGCAGCUUCCCUAGCGAUAAGGUUUGCAGUGUGACAGACCCCAGGAGGCGUUAGCACCAACGGGGAUGGCGGUAGUGCCAAAUGACAUCGUAUCGCCUAUCGGUGAAGUUCGCGGCUUUCUGCUGGGGUUAUAGAAUUUUGAAGUUAUAAAAUCUGCGUCAUUCCCGAGCAAUCUCACCGCGACGUGUCAACAAUGAAAGAGGUUUCAGUAGUUCCACCGGCCCCCCUCACUCUUUGAUUUAGUUGUACUGCUACAAUGCUGCUAAUUUUUUGGUAUUCCUCCUGGCUUUCUCACUCGAGAGGCAAGGCUUUAAAUCGUCAAGCCUUAUUUUCUCACAGAAUGUUCGGACAGUGAUUGCUCCAGGAUAUCUUUGUUUCACGAUAAACUUAACUGUGCAUGACGUAGAAGAAAGAAGCUCUUUGCAGGCAGGACUAUGCACUUAAUGUUUUUUAUGGCCAAAGUUUUUACUUUUUGAAUUAACUUUUUAGUUAUUUUAAUCGAGACUUUCAUUAAAAUAAAAAGGAAUCGAAACUCCACACAACUGCAGUCCUUCGAUAUAUUUUCCAGAUGCUACUUUAAAAAAACAACAAAAAAAAACUUUCCUAUUCAGUUUUCGAUUGCAUGCUUAAGUACGAGACCAUCGUAUCUAUCUUUGUCCCACCACCAGGCGGCAGUAACGGAGGUCGUGAACUCGGAGGUCUUCGCUAACCAGUACCAGGACGGCUGCUCGUGCUGUGACAAGAUGGCGGCAUUGGAGGCCUCGGUCCUGAACAUGGCAAACACUGUGAAAGAGCUACAGAGUAGAGUGAGUGCUCUCGACGCGUCAUUGUCCAAUGGCGGGGGUGGAUCUGGGCUGCCAGGGGACGCGCUGAAGGGAAUGGACGGUGACCUAGUUUUGAGGUAAUUCAUUAAAAGUAUUACCAUUCUUCGGGUAUUGAAAUGUACUCACACGGCUAAGAAAGGAAAAUUCCAUUUUUAAAAAAAAUCAAAAACGUUGACUAAAUCAAUGGCAUCUUUUCUGCAGGAGUCUAGUUUGGCCUGAGGGCACAUACGGGCUUCUUAUGCCAGAGACAGGAUGCCCGAGCCAGGGGUUCUCAUUCGUCGACUGGAGGAGCGACGGUUACAGGCAGUUCCACACGGAGUCAACAUCCACGGUGAAUUUGAACCAGUUCUCUCCGAACGUCCACCUGAAACAGCCUUACCAGACCACCAACGGGGCCCAGCAGCUGGUCUUCCUGUACUUCUGCGUGAACAACGAGGGCGUUAACAAUGCCGAGGGCCCUACCUGGCCCUCCGGGUCCUACUGCAUCCACAAAAGGAACACCUGCCCCGAAGGCUUCCACGAGGGCAGCAUAUUCUGGGACCAGGAGAACACGUUGCCCAACAACAAGUAUUCGGAGAUGAUUCCGAACGGGGCGUACGGCAGCGACACGAGGAUGGACUACUGCUGCCGGCGGGACGGUCGACCGGACGACGCCGUCUACCUGCCCACGGCGAAGCCGUUCUACCUGUACAGGUUCGACGGCAAGUGCCAGCAGGUGGCCGGCAUGAACGUCGUCAACGAGUUUAUCGUGUUUGACACGGAGAACACGGGCGGCAACAUCGACAAGUACACCGGAGAGUACCACCCCGACGGCAGGCUCAACGACAUCAGGGUCGAGCUCUGCUACUACUCCAGGUAAGCUGGAGGAGGCUCUGACACGGCGCAGUGGAAUAUCACCGGCCAGGAAUCCACAUCCAGG